AUGAAUCCUGUUUGCAGCCCUGGAUCUUCUGAGGUUCCCUAUGCAAGCGCCAAAGCUAUCUGUUAUCCAGCUGGUUUUCCUAUGGGCUAUGCAGCAGCAGCUCCUGCCUGUUCUCCUAACAUGUACAGUGGAGCAAAUCCUACCUUCCAAAGAAGUUGCACUCCUGGUACACCUUAUAAAAUGUUCUGUUCACCCACCAGUGCGACAGUGCCACCAUACUCCUCCUCCCCGAACCCUUCUCAGACUGCUGUAUACCCUGUAAGAAGUGCCUACCCCCAGCAAAGCCCAUAUGCACAGCAAGGCACGUACUACACACAACCCCUGUAUACUGCUCCCCCUCAUGUCAUCCACCACAUCACAGUGGUGCCACCCAAUGGUAUGCCGGCAACAGUGUAUCCUACACCCAUGCCCCCUACCAGAGGUAAUGGAGUAACCAUGGUAACCAUGGGCAUGGUGGCUGGGACCACUGUGGCCAUGUCAGCAGGCCCCCUGCUGAAUGCUCACUCUCCAACUUCCAUCGCCCCUCACCCAGUCACCGUGCCAACAUACCGAGCCCCAGAAACACCUACCUAUAGUUACAUGCCCCCUCCGUGGUGA